AUGCUCCGUUGCAGCAUGCUUCAGCGCAACAUGGGGCUUGGUGACGCCUAUGUCAAGAAGGUCUUUGACACCGUGGCUAGCAAGUACGACUUGAUGAAUGAUGUGCUCUCGCUUGGCGUGCAUCGAAUUUGGAAGCGGCACUUCGUGGAGGAGUGUGUGCGCCCGUGCCCUGGUGGUAGAUUUCUUGACGUUGCCGGCGGCACUGGCGACAUCGCCUUUCGAAUUAUAGACGAGAUCCGAAAUACGGAGAAGUCCUUUGGUCUCGCGCCAACGCCGCGGCAUCAGACGGAAGUGACAGUGCUGGACAUCAAUGAAAAGAUGCUCCGCGAGGGAGAGGCACGCGCCUUGCGAGAGGGCUACCAUGAAGUCUCGUGGGUUGUUGGCAGCGGGGAGGAGCUACCCUUUGAUGAUCUGCACUUUGACAGCUACACGGUGUCGUUUGGAAUUCGUAACUUCAGUGAUCGCCCAAAAGCUCUACGUGAGGCGUACCGCGUGCUACGAGUCGGCGGCGUUCUGAACAUCUUAGAGUUCAGCAAGGUGACGUGCCCACUGUUAAGUGUGCCGUAUGACGUGUGGUCGUAUGGCGUCAUCCCCAGGGCAGGACAGAUGCUGGCGGACAGGGAGAGCUAUCAAUAUCUCGUUGACAGCAUACGCGCCUUUCCGGAUCAAGAGACAUUUGCGGAAAUGAUACGUGAGGCGGGGUUUGGGUAUGUGCGCUAUGAAAACCUGACGGGCGGCAUCGCAUGCAUUCACACAGCCGUCAAGACGGAGCUGCAAAGGACGCAACACGAAGCAAGCCCGCUGGAGGCGGCGGCCACGAAGGCAAGGGAGGCAAAGGAAGCCGAGGAUGAUGGACGGGUUGACCCCGCGUAA